AAACACCGCAAAUCGGAGAGAUAGAAGCUAUAUAUACAUAUACAUAUAUAUACAUAAUCUCGCCGGAAAAUUUAUGCCUAUAAUAUUUUACGUAUCAAACUUCGUAAAAACGAUAGAGGAGGGUCGUGAGAGGUCUAGGAAUACUUCUCAAUAAAUUCCAGACCGAUUCGUAGUCACCGGAGUUUCCUAGAGGUCGCCGGAGUUGCAAGCCGUGGAAACGGGUCUUUAGAAAAGACACGAUUUUGCCGUAGAUAGGGGUGGCGGAGCUUCUCCUCGACGUGAGGAUCAUUUUGCAACUGGAAUCGUCGAAAUCCGUUACCUAAGAAGAAUUCAAGUGAAGAUCAAGCUAGAGAUUUUAUUAAGGAGAUUAUCGCAAUUUAAGAGUUGGUCUUUGCUAGGUUGGAUUGCUAGAACUUUCCUAACCGUUGCUGGGCUAAUCCGGGUAGUUCGGCGGUGCUCCGGCCUAUUAAAUUUUGGGCCUAACACUUUGAUCGCCAGAGUCGUUGUUGUCUGUCACCGGUCAAAGAAACGGAUGCAAACAUCGGACGUCCCUGCUGCUUGUUCCGACGAAGAAGACUAUUCCUGCAUGCGGUAACCAUCUAUCUAUCUCUUUUAAUUUGGUUAUUUACUUUUGAUAACAAUGAUAAUAAUAAAUAGUAAUUAUAAUGAUGAUAGGGAUAAAAGUGAUAAUGAUAAUAGAAAUAACUGGGAAGGAGAAUCUUAAUAUGGAAUAUGUUGGUAAUAUUCGCUUUUACUAAAAUUGUCAUUAUUUAAUUAGGUUGAUUAUAUAAGGUAAAAUAAGAUGAAUUGAAUUAAGUUAACGGAUUAGUAAGUGACCAAAACAAUAAAUUGACUAAGUGAUACGACCGGGCUGAUUAUUAAUAUUUAAUAUGGAUUAUUUGGACCACCUUAAAUCAGAUUAACCAAAGCCAUAAUAACUAAUAACAAAGGUUUGGUUAAUGAUUAAUGAAUUAUAUGGAUUGAUUAUUUGUGAAUAAAAUUAAUAAAAUAGAAAUUUGAGAUGAAGUAUUAAAAUAAUAAAAGGCUAGUUAUAUACUUAAACGGGUCUCGUAAAUGAAUAUUUAUAGAUGAAGUAAUUAGUGGAAGAGACUAAAUAGAGUGGAUCUAUUAAAUUAUUAGUCAAGACUAAAGAUGGAAUAAAUUAACAAAUGGUACGGUGUUAAGUAAAUUAAAAAGGAAAAAUUGACAAGAAUAAUCCCACCUUUCACUGGUCUUCUCAUAAUAAUCCUACCUUUACAUAAUCCCAAAAUAAUCUCACCUUUGCACUCCAUCUUCUUUCAUUGGACCCUGACCAAGUUUUUUACCUUUAUUUGAAAAUCUUAUAUAAAUAAUCUCACAUUUAUAAAGAUAUAAUAGAAAAGUGAAAGGUGAGAUUAUUUAUAUGAUUUUCAAAAAAAGAGUAAAAAACAUGCUCAGGGUCCAAUGAAAGAAGAUGUGGUGCAAAGGUGGGAUUAUUCUGGGAUUACCUAAAGGUGGGAUUAUUAUGAGAAGACCAACGAAAGGUGGGAUUAUUUUUGUCAAUUUUCCCAAUUAAAAAUUAUAGAAACUGGGUAAAUUGGGUAAGUUAUGUAAUAAGGGACCACCGACUAAGUUAAUUUUGAAUGCUGUAGUUUACGGAUUUCACAUUUCCAUUAUUACAUGAAACAUAAAAACUAAUCCUACUAAUCCUUAUAAGAGUUAUGCACAUAUAAAUACUUAAAUAUCGCUAUAUGCCAUUUCGUAAUUGUAAAAAAAAAAAAGUAAUUCGUUGUAUUGUCAUUUCCGUAAAUAAUUAUGUAGUACAUGUGUAUAAUUAAGGCCAGUUAAGAUUUGUCAACGUACUUAAUACGGAGUAUAUAAGUUUAAACACACGUAUAUAACCAUAUAGGUAGGUUAUUAAGUUCUAUAGAUUUUAUUUACGUAAGCACUGUACUCAUACUGACUAUAGUUUAAUACUCCGUAUUACUUAUAUAUUUCUGAAAUUUAGAUUUGAAAGUCACAUACCAUAGGUUAAGUUUAUAUAGAUAUUAAAUAAUAUAUACGGAGUAUAUAACUCCACGCAUUUGAAGGUUUAGCCUAUAAAGUAAAAAUAAUUUAUUAAUAUAUGUAUGUAUAGUUAAUUAGAUAAAUUAUUAAUAAGUUUAAAGCUUUGCACGUAUAACUAGUUAAUGGAACCAUGAAAAUUAUUAAAUGAGCUUUUGGACUAAUCUAAGUAACAAUUCGGACACUUCUAAAAUAAAUCAUAAAAAUCAAAUAUCAUUAAUUAAUUAGAGAUGGGCAGCCCAAUUGAGUGUCUAUUCAUUAAAGAUAUUUUACACCUAAAACAAGACAUCUAGCAUCAUCAUCUUGAAGGAAUAGUUUCCUAAAUAAUUCAGUCGGCUAAUAAUCUCAUCUACUAUGCAUGGAUUAUCAAGACAUCUCACACUAUAAAUAGAUGUCCUCAAUUGUCUCAAAACAUUAUACAUAAACGGCCAGCUGCUACUAGUUCUAAAUAUACAUACAUACUCCGUAUCAAUUAAGAAAGAAUUAAGGAAUUGGAAGGGGUAGAAACAAACUGAAGAAAAUAGCUUUGGGUUCAAUAUCAUACAAGGUCCGUACGUUUAAUUUUCUGUUUCCAUUUUUUUUAGUAUCAAUCCGUCCCCGUUACGUUAUGGGGAUGUUGAAUAUUCAUAUGAUCUUAAUAAUUUGUAUGCUUUAGUAUGUGUUCAUUAAUUUUUUGAGGAAUAGUAUUUUGUAUGUCAAGGUUUAAUUUGAUACUCACUAUAUCGUGUAUGAAUCUAAAUGUAAAAUUUAAGAGUGGAAUACAACUUAACGGUGAUAAAAUAAAUAAAUAUGACUAACAUAAUUAGAAGAUGAGUGGUGUAUGAAUAAUUAGAAUUUAUUAUGAUAGUGACGAUUGAAAUAAUUAGAAUUUAUUAAUGAUAUAUAACUACAAUUAUAUUUUGCAUAUGUAUAUAUUCAUAAGUAUAUAAAAGAGAUUUUACAUAUAUGGAUUUAUGUGAAUACGUAUUUAAGUAAAAAUAUUAGGAUCCUUAAUUGAUGGCAGUAUAUUAUAAGUGUAUAUAUUUUUGAUAGGAUCCUUAAUACGUAUAAUAUAUAUAUAUAUAUACAUAUAUUCUAGAUCAUGUAUGAGUAAUCAUAUAUAUGCAUACGUGUGUUGUUUAUUAACAAGUGUGAUGUUUAUAUUCACACACACAAACAAAUUUAGCUAAGGUCCUACCUAGGUACAUAAACAUGUGUGCCCAUAUGAUUGUGAUCUAAAAUUUUAUAAUAUUCAAUUAUAUAUAACUUAUUAUUAUAUUACUACCUACGUAAGAAUAUUAUUUGGACAUGCUUAUUUAGUCAUACGGAGUAUUUUAUUUAAAUAAAUGUAGGAGUAAAUUAUUUAUCAGAAUCUUAAAGUAUUUUACAUAUAUGUACAGAUAAGGGUUAGCCUUUAAUAUAAUAUAUAUACACAUACAUAUACGUAAGUAAAUUUAUGUAUAGACGUGACAUGCAUGUGAUAAUGUUUCUGACUAGGUAGCAUUUACAUGAUUAAGCAGAUAAAUUAUGUAUGAGAUAGUAAUACUUUUGAAUGAAUUAUAGAAUGAAGUAAAAUAAUACUACCUCCGUAACCCUAGAAUCUUCCCAGUUUGACUCUUUUGGGUCAAACUUUAUAAACUUUGACCAUUAAUUAUUCAAAACUCACAUUAUGUUAUGAUUAAAAAUUUAUUUUAUAUACCUCAUUGUAAAACAUAUUAUUUGAAUGUUAAUUUAUUAUGAAUUUUAUAAAUAUAGAUAUGUAGAUAUUUAGAGUCAAAGUUCAACUUAGAAGACCGUGAAAAGUCAAAACGAGAAGAUCUUUGUGUUACGGAGGUAGUACCGGUACGAACUUACGGAAAUUGGAAUACAAUUAUAUGAUGUAUUUUAUUUCCUCAUACUAUGUAAUUUGUUAAGAAUACUUUUUGGCUUAAAUGAAUGAACCAUUUUUUUUUAUAAAAGAAAAAUACGUUGGUGUUAAAUAAAUAUUUAAUGAAGAGUUUCUAUGUAAAAUUAAUACGAAGUAUGACAUAUUUCUAUUCUACACAUGACAAAUGGUUUAAAAUAAUCUAAGAUAAAUAUUUACUACGCCUUGCUCUUGAUCCGGUACUCUGACGCGAAUACUUCUGAUCUGUCUGUUUAGUGUACUAUGUACCAUAGAUACAGGGAUCGCCAACAUAGCUGCGUUUUCCGUUCCGGAUCGCGCGUACCGGAUCGCGGUACAGUUGCGUGCCGGUCGCUUCUGGUUCGCGACUCUGGUACGGCGGAUUCCGGUUGCGGUUCGUGGUUGCCUUCCAGGUGGUACACCGUUUCUGAGUUGCGGUUCGCACGACCCCUCCAGCGUCUAACGAACUCAAUAGUCUCUUCUCUUUGUCGUUCGCACUUCGCACUCCAAAAUUCGAAGCGACGGCUCACUCAAAGUCUGAAACGACUUUUUAUUUGGCCUGAAACGACGUUGCUUUUUCCAAGCCACACAGUUUUAUAAUUAAAGACUUAUAACCUUCGUAGUUCACACUUCAAACCUUCUUAAUUAAUUGUGGUACACAUAAGCAAUUAAUUAAAGACUUUAUUAUUGAAGUGAAUUGUUUAAUAUUCUGUAUUAUAUUAAUUAUAUUUAAUUAAUUAUAUUUAUACUUGGUAAAUUGUACUACACAUGUUUAUGGCACACCGUACCAUAACAAAUGAUACAGCGUUCCGCGUACCGAAAUAGCGUACCGAAGAAGCAUACCCCCCUGCGUAUCAGAUUUCUAAUAUUCGCGAUCCGCGUUCCCGUUUUCGUACCGCGUACCAUAGCGUACCGCGAUCCAUGUGACUAUGCUAUGUACACUCCUGAAAUUCUGUUUUAGAGGAAUUAGUGUUCUCCUGUUUAGUGUACUAUGUACACUCCUGAAAUCUUUUUAGAGCACUAUUACUCUUCUGUUAAGGUUCGAGUCUCUUCGGUGAUCUCGUCCUUUCUGUUCAGCUAGCUUCUGUUAGGGAUUGGUACGUGUAGCCCCGGCGAUUACGUUUCCACAUCCUUUCUGGGUAAUGUGGGUACAGACUUCGUGACUGUAUUCCUUACCGUUAGUAUUCCGCUGUCUAGGUCCAGUUUCUUGAGUUUAAGGCUAAAUGAAUAUGUUUUUAUUAAUGAUCAGUUUCAGAAUAAGUAUUAUCUGAUAAUCAUGAUAUCUGGAUAUGUUUCUGUUCGGUACACACACUCAAAAAUAUUCCCAGAAUAAAGAUUAUCCGAUACUUAGGAUAUCUGAAUAUGCUUCUAAUCUGUAUAUGAAUAUUUUGAUUCUCAUAACAGUUAUUCGGCUCACUCAGGUAUGUCAUAUGUUUGCUUGACUAGAUGCUAAAUAUGCUAUGUUGCUAUUUGAUUUAAUAUGUGAUUGUUAUUAUUACCAUCAUUGUCAUGAUUAUUAUUAUUGUUAUGUGUACCGUACCACUCAGCACAUUGCUGGGCGGGUAGUUGUUUGUUUUUCCUACCCGUAGGUUGAAGUAGAUUCAGCUAAGAUAAGGAUGCUGGGAUGGAAGGAGGCGUAGGAUUCAUGUGCAUACCAUGUGUGUAUUGUUUAUAAAUAAACAAAUAAGAAGCAAGUUCGACUUUAAACUUAUCUGAUCAUUUUCGUUGUGUAAAUUCUUCUGCAUAUCUUACAAUAUUUGUGUUGUAUAAUAUUAAGUAAUUUAUGGUGACUUAAUAUUUUCAGGUACGAAAAAUAAGUUGACGUUUGAAUAACGAUGAUUUAUUUAAAUACUAAAUUUUGUUUUAAAUAAUUAAAAGUCUUUUGGUUAAAUCUGUUUUGACUCCUGCCUCGUGACACACCGCUCGGGACGGCGGGGCCGGUUCUGGUAGGGCGUUACAUUUUGGUAUCAGAGCAAUUGGUUUUAAAAGUGAUUCUGAAAAAAAAAAUGGGUCUAAAAUUAUUUAAAAUUGUGUGUUGCAUUGCAUAUUAGAAGUCAGCCUCUCAUCUCAGUAUUCAGUGAUAUCAUACACAAUUAAAGUAAUAAUGUACCUUAUAUAGUGGGCUUUUGUUUUACACACUUAUAUAUAUACGAUCGCCUUUAAUGCUUGGUCGAACAUCCAAGAUCGAGAUCUUUUUGGCUUAAAAUGAAAUUAUUCAUGGCUCUAGGGUGAAGUAUAAGUGUUAAUCAAAACACUUAUCAAUUCCAAAACAGCGGUAUAAGUGUUAAUCAAAACACUCCUUAGGAGGGGUUUGAGAGUUGUCGUUUCUUAUGACUAACGCCGCCUCUACAGCGGUGGUUCCGCCACCAAUUCCGCCGGAUAAGAAUGCUUGGCAGAAGAAAUCGUUUGCUGAGGUUCUCUCCGGUCGCACUGAUCCUCCCUUCUCAGCAAAAACGCAUCAUCGACAUAAAGGUUUGCCCGCUAUUCAAUUUCCGGAAGUUGAAGCUCAGACGUUGGAAGAAAGACAUAAGCACUCUUUAGUUGGGUAUUUCUUUAAGGGAAGGCCAAAUCUUGCAAUCAUUCGUAAUGCUUUUGAAGUUAUUGGGUUUUCUGGAGUCUUUCAUUUGGGUGUGAUUGACCCUAAGCAUGUGUUAAUCAGAUUUGAGUCGGAUGAAGAUUUUAUCAGAUGUUGGAAUAGACAGUCUUGGUCGAUCCGUGGUCAUUUGAUGAAGGUUACGAAGUGGACACCGGCAUUCCAACCUAAUGUGGAAUCCCCGGUUGUUCCGGUUUGGAUUGGAUUUGAGGGAUUGCCUAUUCACCUCUUUGACAGGAGGGCAUUGUUUGAUAUUGCAGGACUUAUAGGGAAACCUUUAAAGAUAGAUGCAGCAACGGCUAAUCUAUCUCGCCCCUCUGUUGCGAGAGUUUGUGUGGAACUAGACCUAACAGGUGAAUGUCCUCAAAAAAUAUGGAUACAGUGUGGGUCCCAUGGUUUUACUCAACAUGUUACUUAUGAAGAUAAGCAAGAAUACUGCAAGUCUUGUCUUCAUUUGGGACACUCGACUUCUAAAUGUCCCAAAAAGGCCCCUACUCAGAAUAAUAAACCCCAGCAAAUUAUCGGGGGUACCCAGGAGAAAGUUAAUAAACCUACAGCAUUACAAAAGGAAAAAUGGAUUGUAAAGCAACCCCAAAUAUUACAAAUCACAAAUGGAGAGUCUGCAAACGAAAAUGUGAAGGAAACUGUAAAGGACCCCUCCACUUCUAGGCAAGGAAAUUCUGGUUUUAGCAUCAGGGAGACUGAAUUGGUGGACAUCCAAGAUGAGACAGAUACUGAGGAGGUGUACCAUGACCCGGAACCUGCACCUGCAGUUGCUUCUAAAAAUCAAAAUGGGGAGAGUAUUAAUGAUAUUACAAUGGAUCUUGUUGGGAAUAUACCUGUAGGCCCUAUUGUAGAUGACUCUAUUCUACAAUCCAUUCAUAAUAACUUGGAAUAUGACCCUGAAAUUGCAGAAAAAGAUUACUCAUCAGAUGGAGGGAAUACAUUCCAAAUAGAAGACCUACAAACAUGGAAGGAUGCACUCCCAGAUAUCAUAAACAGAGUAAAUUUUGUUGUCAAACAAAAUGAAAUACAUGCUGCCACUCUGGCUGAGAAGUGCAAAGAUUCUGUUGAGGAGGAAGCUCCAUUUAUUAUGGUUAGAAGGAAAGGUUACAAGAAGAAAAAAAACCUUGCCUGAGGUGCCAGUAAUACCUGCAAGAAUUACAAGGAAUACUGCUAAGAAAUUAGCAAAUCUAAGGAAUUCUUCUUCACCCAACACUGCCAACAGGCCCCCUUUAAAUUCUCCCUCCCCUGAUUUUAAAUGAAUUGCUUAAUAUGGAAUUUAAGAGGGCUAGAAGGUGCUGCUUCUAGACUAUUCUCUCUUAUUCAGCAUUGGCAUAUUCAUUUACUUGUUGUUAUUGAACCUAUUGUUACUACUAAUAAAGCAGAUCAAUUCAUGAGACAAUUUGGUUUUAAUAAGGUUCUUUUCUCUGAAGUUAACAAAAUCUGGAUCUAUUGGGAUGAAUCUGUCCUUAAUAUUUCCCAGAUUGAAUGGCACUCCCAGUUUACUCAUUUCAAGGUGGCAUCUAACACUUUCUCUGGUUUCUUUACUGCUAUUUAUGGCAAUCAUAGUUAUAUUCAGAGGAGGGUCUUGUGGCAAAAGUUGGUUGACUUCUCUACUCAGAUCAAUGAGGCAUGGUUGGUGGGAGGAGAUUUUAACGCAAUUGCUUCUCAUUCAGAACACUUAGGACAAUCUUUACCUUAUAUGGUUAGUAUGACUGAUUUUGCUAAUUGCAUUUCAUCUUGUGAUUUGGUGGAUCUGCCUUUCAGUGGUACUAAAUUUACUUGGACUGGUGUUCGCUCUAAUGGUAGACUUUGGAGAAGGUUAGAUAGGGUUCUUUUUAACAGUAAAUCCAUUGAGGCUUUUGAUCAUAUUCAGAUUACUCACCUCAACAAAACCCCCUCGGAUCAUUCUCCUAUUCUUCUACAAAUGUCUAAUAAAGGAUGGAAUGGUCCUAAACCUUUCAAAUUUCUUAAUAUGUGGACUACACAUCCAUCUUUUAUCAGUAUUGUUGAUAAAUGUUGGAAGGCUCACAAUUUUGGUAGAGGGAUGUAUGGCCUAGUUAGAAAGCUGAAAUGCUUAAAGCAUGAUCUCAAAAAGUGGAACAGGGAGGUUUUUGGGAAUAUUUUUGAAGACAUCAAAACUUGUGAGCAAGAGGUUUUAAAUGCUGAGAUUCAGUUUGAAGAACAUCCUACCGAAUCUAACAGGACAGAUUGGUCUCAUAAGAGGGCUCUUCUUAUGACAAAAUAUAGGCUUGAAAGGAAAUUCUGGAAACAAAAAGCUCACUUGUCUUGGCUUAAAGAGGGAGAUUCCAAUACACAUUUCUUUCAUUCUUUUGUUAAAGUUAGAAAUAGAAAGCAGCAAAUCACCUCUAUAAAAAAUGAUGAAGGUGUUUCUGUAAAUACCUUAUCUGAAAUUGGGGAGGCUGCUGUUCAUUUCUUUUCUAAUCUCUACUCAUAUGAACAAGAACAGAAUCCUGAGGAAAUCCUGCAAUACAUACCAAAUUUAUUAGAAAGAGCAGAUAAUGAUGCAUUAAUUGCUCUCCCAGGGACAGAUGAGAUCAAGGAAGCAGUUUGGGGUCUGAAUCCUAAUGGGGCUGCAGGACCAGAUGGAUACAAUGGAAAAUUCUUUAAAAAAUGUUGGCACAUAGUGGGGGAUGAUGUUGUCAGUGCUGUGCAAGAAUUUUUCAUUGGGGUGCCUAUUCCUAAAGGAAUGUCCAGCUCUCUUAUUGUGCUCAUCCCUAAGAAGGACAACCCUGAAUCUUUUACUGAUUACAGGCCUAUUUGCCUUUCUAACUUUGUUAAUAAGGUUUGUACUAAGGUGCUUGCUAAUAGAUUGGCAAUUCUUCUUCCUAAACUGAUAUCAGAUGAACAAGCUGGUUUUUUGAAGGGCAAAGAUAUAGCAGAUCAGAUUCUCAUUGGACAAGAAAUGAUUCAUGCUAUUGAUAAGAAGGUUCGGGGAUCUAAUUUGGUUAUUAAAUUAGAUAUGGCUAAAGCAUUUGAUAGACUCUCCUGGAAUUUUCUAUCAAAGAUUCUUCAGAAAUUUGGUUUCGCUAUGCAUUUUAUUCAACUGGUUCUUAAUAAUCUUCAGGCUACAUUCUUCUCAGUCCUAAUAAAUGGCAGUCCACAAGGUUUUUUCAAACCUUUGAGAGGAGUUAAGCAGGGUGACCCUCUCUCCCCAUUCCUCUUUAUUCUGGCCUCAGAAGCUUUCUCUAGAGGUCUAAAAUGGCAAGUUUCUAAUGGUCUCAUACAACCAUACUGGUUAGGAAGAUUUGGUUUUCCUGUUACUCAUUUGGCAUAUGCAGAUGAUUUACUCAUUUUUAUUAAUGGGGGAUCUAGAUCUAUCAGAAAUUUUAAGAAGUUUCUUUCCCUUUACGAGAAUACCUCAGGUCAAGCUGUGAACUUUGAUAAAAGUGCUUUUGUCUGUGGCAAUCAUACAGACUCCAGAAGCCAGAAUAUUAAAGACCUCCUUGGUAUGCAAAAAACCUCCUUGCCUAUUAAGUAUCUGGGUGCAAUGCUGCAUAAGGGUAUAAAUAGGCAUCAGUAUUGCAGGAAUAUCAUUAAUAAAUUUGAUUCUAAGUUGUCUACUUGGAAACAAAAACAUUUAUCUCAAGGAGGUAGACUUAUCUUGAUCAAGCAUGUUCUCGGCUCUAUUCCCUUGCAUCUACUUUCUGUUGAUUGUCUGCCACAGAGGAUUAGGAAUAUCUUGAACAAGAAGUUGGCCAAUUUCUUUUGGGGGACCUCUAAAAACAAACCUAAAUAUCAUUGGAGGACCUGGAAAAAAUUGUGCUAUCCUAAAGAGGAAGGUGGUUUGGACAUUAGAAGUCUAAAGGACAUUGAGAGAGCUUUUUCUCUAAAACUUUGGUGGAAGUGGAAGGAUCACUCAGGUUUCUGGUCAAAGUUCAUCCAUUCUAAAUAUCCAAGAGGGGAUGAUUUGAGAGCCAAAAUCACUGACUCACCUGUCUGGAAGAGAUUAUGCUCCAUCAAUGAUACUGCAGCACCUUUGGUCGAGAUAUCUCCACAUCACAUAACCUGGAAACAGACUAAACAUGGUCAGUUUUCUUUCAAUUCUGCUUAUAAUUCCAUUAGACACAGUUUGGGAUCUGCUUUCUCUUAUAAACACAUCUGGAACCCUAAACAACAACUUAAGAUUCAAUUAUUUCAAUGGAAGUUGUUUAAAGGUAUUCUCCCUAUCUCUGACAAACUUGUCAGAUUUCAAAUGGUGAUUCAGCCUUCAGUUUGCCCUAUUUGUAGAGGUAAUGGUGACACUACUAAACAUGUUUUCUUGAAUUGUACUUACUCAAGAGCAAUCUGGAACUACUUUAGUCAAAUUAUGAAUAUUCGAAUUCAAGGCCAGUCCAUUAGACAUCUCUUCUUCUCUUGGUGGUUUGAGGCUGGCAGUAAAUCUAUGAUAGAUAUGUUUAAACACAAUCUGCCAGGCAUCAUCAGCUGGCAUCUCUGGAAACUUUAUUGUGACCUUAUUUGGGGAUCUCUAUCUGUUGCACCCCCAAUCGAUAAUUUAAUCUGGCAGAUUAAAUUGUAUACUCAGAACUGGGUCAUAAGCCUCAACAAGCAAAAGUUUUCAUCGGUUCAUAAGGUAUUAUUGGUGGAGAACCUUAUACCUAAAGAUUAUCGUCUCACCCAAAGAACUCUCAAGCCUGUUCGCUGGUUAAAGCCUAAAUCGGGUUUCAAACUUAAUGUAGACGCUGCGUACAUACCUGGGAAAGCUUUUGGGGGCGCGAUUUUGCGAAAUGAUCUGGGAAGAAUGAUUUAUGCAACAUCUUUCCCGUUGGAGGCCUCUUCCAGCCUAGAAGCGGAGCUCAAGGUUUUGAUUCAGGCUACGAAAAUGGCAAUUCAGGAUGGCUUUUACAAUUUCCAAGUUGAAUCUGAUGCAGAAGGAAUUAUUGAUUAUGUUUCAGGUAAGAAACACGGAAGAUGGACGAAUGACCUCGUAGAGUUCAGACAGAUAUGUUUUAGGAAAGGUAUUCAUUUUAGGCAUGUGUUUAGAGAAGGAAACGGACCUGCUCAUCUGCUUGCUUCUCUUUCAUCGGCCCAUUUAGCUGUUUGGUCUGAUAUCAAUCUUCUACCCAACUCUAUUAAGGUUGCCAUUCACUAUGAUUUAUUUAAUAUUCCUUCUUUUAGAAGGAUACUUUAAGAUUCUUCUUAUUUUAUUUUUCUUUAUUGUGUACCUUCUAUUGGGUCAGGUCUAGCCCCCUCAAUAGCUUUUAUUUAUUAUCUCCUUUUGUUGAUGUAUUUUUUGAGAAGGUAUGCCUUCUCUGAAGAGGUUUUGGUCUAAGUCCCCCUCUUCUUUUGUAUUUUUCCAUAUUUCUUAAUAAAAUACCGGCAAAUAUUAAAAAAAAAAAAAAAAAUAACCAAAAUCACCUUUAAAGAUACAAGUUUAAGCAAUUUCAUAUGAGCCUCAUCAAGUUACUAUAUACAGAAGUUGACAAAAUUGUCAGUACGGAUUAGGUUUACUAAGUAUAAAUCUGUAAUGAAUUGCCAAGACAAAACAUUACUAUUUCAAAGUGAGCUAAGGCUUUCAAAAAAAAAAAAAAAUAUUUCCUAAAAGUAUCUCUUUGGAGAAGGGUACCGCGUUUCAAUUAAAAGGGUAAGUUAGGUCCGUGGUUUAUUGGACCUAAAGAAAUCACUGAGUGUAUUGAUCUUGUAGCCUAUCAACUAGCAUUACCACAAGAAGUGUGUCAAAAACAUGAUGUCUUCUAUGUUUGACAUAUUAAGAAGAUAUAGAUCAGAUCCUUCACACGUUCCAACACCUAGGUCUAUUGAGGUCAAUAAAGAUUUGACAUAUUAAGAAGAACUAGUAUAUAUACUUGCUCGAGACACGAAGGUGUGAAGAAAAAAGGUUCCUUUAGUCAAAGUCAUCUAGAGAAAACCACACACAACAGAAGAAGCAACUUGGGAAAUCAAAUACGCAGUAUUGGCUACAUAUCCACACAUGUUCGACAACAUGAGUUAAGGUAAUUUCGAGGACGAAAUUCUUUGGGGGGAAAGAAAUGUAACGCCCCAAAAUCUGGUCUAGUAGUUAAGAUACAUAUGCGUAGAUUUUUAGGUAUUAUUUUCCUAUCAAAUUAAACAUCCUCGUAAAAUUAUAAGGUAAAUAUUUUAUCAAAAAAAAAUUAAUAAUAAACUAAUAGUGAAAUAAUAGAUCUAAAAUAAACUAAAAAAAAUGAUCAUUUAGUACUUUUCACGUAAUCCUAUUUGACAUAAACUUCUUAUCCAUUUAAAUCAAAUUUGGGAAUCAGAAUAUGUGUGCUAAAAACUACAUAAAGUUUUGUACUAAUAUGAAAAGGCCUUGCGGACAACUUUAAUAUAAAAUAUAAUAGUAAAAUGUACUCCGUAUUAAAUUCAUUAGAAAUGGGCGGCCAAAUAUGAGCUUCAUCAUUUUGAAAGAAUAGUUAAAUGUAAUAGUAAACUUUAGGAGACAAAUUUGACAACUAAAUUAAUUGAAAUGAAGCAUUCAAACAAAUGAAUAGUAAGCCACCUCAUGGUAUGGGAGAGUGAAUGAUCAUACGUACUAUUUGAGAGAAGAUAAUUAUUGCUUUAUGAAAUUUCUAGCCACACACAUGAAACUCAAUUGGCUUUAAAUAGGAGCCUACCUCCUCUCAUUUUUACAUGAUCUGGAUACUAACUAAAACAAGAAACUCCUCAAAAGAAAUAUACGGAGUAGCUCCACGAAGUAUACAACUGUCUAGGAGGAGCCGUCUAGGAGGUUUCCGUUCCAAUAAAAUUUUAGAAGUAUUUGUCUUUAAGGUCAGUACUUCUGACCCAGUUUUAUUUAAUGUAUAUUCUAAUAUUAUUAUGUAAGUAUAAUUUCCGUCCCCGUUCAUAUGUUAUGGGGAUGAUGAAUAUUAUUUAGUCUUAGAAAUAUUUGUAUGCUUUAAUUAUGUGUUCAUGAUUUAUAAGAGCUAUUAUUGAUGAUUACAGUAUACAUCGUAUGUAAAUGAAAUUAAAAUGAAAAAGUUCCAUUGACGGAAUUAAGGUUUGACUGCUUGUAUAUAUCUGAAAAAUAAUAAAAUGGACCACCGACUAAGUUAAUUUUGAAUGCUGUAGUUUACGGAUUUCACAUUUCCAUUAUUACAUGAAACAUAAAAACUAAUCCUACUAAUCCUUAUAAGAGUUAUGCACAUAUAAAUACUUAAAUAUCGCUAUAUGCCAUUUCGUAAUUGUAAAAAAAAAAAGUAAUUCGUUGUAUUGUCAUUUCCGUAAAUAAUUAUGUAGUACAUGUGUAUAAUUAAGGCCAGUUAAGAUUUGUCAACGUACUUAAUACGGAGUAUAUAAGUUUAAACACACGUAUAUAACCAUAUAGGUAGGUUAUUAAGUUCUAUAGAUUUUAUUUACGUAAGCACUGUACUCAUACUGACUAUAGUUUAAUACUCCGUAUUACUUAUAUAUUUCUGAAAUUUAGAUUUGAAAGUCACAUACCAUAGGUUAAGUUUAUAUAGAUAUUAAAUAAUAUAUACGGAGUAUAUAACUCCACGCAUUUGAAGGUUUAGCCUAUAAAGUAAAAAUAAUUUAUUAAUAUAUGUAUGUAUAGUUAAUUAGAUAAAUUAUUAAUAAGUUUAAAGCUUUGCACGUAUAACUAGUUAACGGAACCAUGAAAAUUAUUAAAUGAGCUUUUGGACUAAUCUAAGUAACAAUUCGGACACUUCUAAAAUAAAUCAUAAAAAUCAAAUAUCAUUAAUUAAUUAGAGAUGGGCAGCCCAAUUGAGUGUCUAUUCAUUAAAGAUAUUUUACACCUAAAACAAGACAUCUAGCAUCAUCAUCUUGAAGGAACAGUUUCCUAAAUAAUUCAGUCGGCUAAUAAUCUCAUCUACUAUGCAUGGAUUAUCAAGACAUCUCACACUAUAAAUAGAUGUCCUCAAUUGUCUCAAAACAUUAUACAUAAACGGCCAGCUGCUACUAGUUCUAAAUAUACAUACAUACUCCGUAUCAAUUAAGAAAGAAUUAAGGAAUUGGAAGGGGUAGAAACAAACUGAAGAAAAUAGCUUUGGGUUCAAUAUCAUACAAGGUCCGUACGUUUAAUUUUCUGUUUCCAUUUUUUUUAGUAUCAAUCCGUCCCCGUUACGUUAUGGGGAUGUUAAAUAUUCAUAUGAUCUUAAUAAUUUGUAUGCUUUAGUAUGUGUUCAUUAAUUUUUUGAGGAAUAGUAUUUUGUACGUCAAGGUUUAAUUUGAUACUCACUAUAUCGUGUAUGAAUCUAAAUGUAAAAUUUAAGAGUGGAAUACAACUUAACGGUGAUAAAAUAAAUAAAUAUGACUAACAUAAUUAGAAGACGAGUGGUGUAUGAAUAAUUAGAAUUUAUUAUGAUAGUGGCGAUUGAAAUAAUUAGAAUUUAUUAAUGAUAUAUAACUACAAUUAUAUUUUGCAUAUGUAUAUAUUCAUAAGUAUAUAAAAGAGAUUUUACAUAUAUGGAUUUAUGUGAAUACGUAUUUAAGUAAAAAUAUUAGGAUCCUUAAUUGAUGGCAGUACAUUAUAAGUGUAUAUAUUUUUGAUAGGAUCC